AUGACGGGCGUUGUUGUCCCAGCUCCAACGGGGCUCAACUGGGCCGUGGGGCAUGACGGGAGCCACAGUCUCCCUCUCCCCGUUCCGAGCCGGCUCAUGCCCCCAGCCCGCCCUCGGCCCCGGGCGGGGCUUCCCCGUCCCCGUCCCCGACCCCGUCCCCGGCCGUCCUGCCGCGGUAUCUCCUCCGCCCGGCUCUGGCUGUACUGGCAGUGGCGCUGCUGGGCGGGGAUCAGUGCCUGGUGCGGCAUCGCCUCCCUUUGGCUCCGCCUGUCCCGGCCCCGGCCCCGGCCCCGGCCCCGGCCCCGGCCCCGGCCCCGGCCCCGGCCCCGGCCCCGGCCCCGGCCCCGGCCCCGGCCCCGGCCGCAACGUGGGCUCCGACCUCGGCCUCAACGCGGGCCCGCAGAGCGCACACAGGGCGCGGCCGCUCCCGCCGCCUCCGUUGGGGCUUCCCCGGCCCGAGCUCCGCCGCUCGGCAGCGCGGCCGCUGGCCCCGAGCCGCCGCUGUCGCGUUCCAAAGAGCGAACGCCAGGGGCUGCCCGGCCCGGGACGGCUGAGGGGCGCUCGGGGCCCGUGUCUGGCCCCGGGCCGAGCGCUGACAGCCGCGUCUCGCCGGCAGGGAAGGUGGAGCACGGCAUUAAGGAGCGCUACCAGCUCGGUUUGCUGCAGGGGCGCGGCGGCUUCGGCAGCGUCUGGGCGGCGACGCGGCUCUCGGACGGCGCCCCGGUGGCCAUCAAAAGGGUGCCACGGAACCGCGUCCGACACUGGGGUUAGCUGCCCGACGGCACCAGCGCACCAAUGGAGAUCGUGCUCCUGGACAAGGUGUCCACUGGCUUCCCUGGUGUUGUCCAGCUGCUGGAGUGGCUUGAGCUCCCCAGUGACAUCCUGAUGGUGCUGGAGCGCCCGGAGCGGUGUCAGGACCUCCGUCAUUUCAUUCGGGCACGGGGGUUCCUGUCCGAGGAGGUGGCGCGGCAGCUGUUCCGCCAGGUGCUGGAGGCCGUGCAGCACUGCAUCAGCUGCGGAGUCCUGCACAGGGACGUCAAACCGGAGAACAUCCUCGUUGACCUGGCCAGCGGGCAGGCAAAACUGAUUGAUUUUGGCUGUGGCACCUACCUGCAGGACACAGCCUACACUCACUUUGCAGGAACACGGUCCUACAGCCCCCCGGAAUGGACCCGCUUUGGCUGGUACUAUGGCAAGCCAGCUACCAUCUGGUCCCUGGGCAUCCUGCUGCACCAGAUGGUCUGUGGGAAGCACCCUUUCAGGAGGGGCCGGAACAUCAGCUGGAACCAUCAGCUCUCACUGCCACAACGGCUCUCUCAAGACUGCCAAGAUCUGAUCAAAAGGUGUUUAUCCAUGCUCGACAUAGAAAGGCCCUCAUUAGAAGACCUGCUUUGUGACCCUUGGAUGCAGCAAAUUCACGAAGUGUUCCAGGUGGGGUCCAGUGUGGAUCAGGAGGUGCUUGGGACCAGCUGCGGUGUGGACGGGCCGUGCGCUUGGAGAAGGCUGAGGACAUCGUUUGGGACCAGCUUUUCUGCCAGCAGCGAUGGCAUGAGCCCACCCAUGCACCUCAGUUAG